UGCUUCUAGUCUCAGCCCUUAAAUGGGUCAAUUUACUUCGUAUCCGGGGUCAUCACGUGUUUGAGCCAAUUCUUCAAGCGCCUUGAACACCGUUCCCAACAACUAUUUCACUACAGUGAGCCUGCCAGGGACGCUGUUGUGAAAGGAAGCAGAUUUACGUCAAAUGACCCCGGUGUACAAAAUCUCUGAGAACUGACCUAAAACUGAGAGGUUUGUAUUUGACACCGAACUCCUGAGACUUGCACUGAGAACGAGUGCCUUUUCGUCCUCAUCCUUAUGAAGUUUCAAUAAAGCCCAUCACAUCGACAGCGUGUGCGUCAGCGCUGUGGACUCACCUCGUUCCAAAGAAAAUACUUGUCUUUCAUUUGGUCGUAACGCCCUUGAAGGAGCAGGAAAGUUAACCUGGCACGCGGAUUACCCAGAAUUUGGGGUGCAUGCAUCAAUGCCAAGAAAUUUCAUUAGGGAAACUCUGCCCAAGGAAAACGCGACUUCUCUGUGGAGGAUGGAUCGCCCAGUCCAGGAUACACGGUCAGCAGUGAACAGGCCCAUGCCUUCCAGAGAUCACUCCUCUUGCUCCAGCCUAAAGAUGUUCCUUGUGGCCUUGUCCUUUGCGUAUUUCGCCAAGGCAUUGUCGGGAAGCUAUAUGAAAAGCACAAUAACCCAGCUGGAGAGGCGCUUUGACAUCCCCAGUUAUUUAGUUGGUGUCAUUGAUGGGAGCUUUGAAAUAGGUAAUUUGCUGGUGAUUGCGUUUGUCAGUUACUUUGGGGCCAAGCUGCACAGACCGAAGAUCAUAGCAGUGGGGUGCCUGCUCAUGUCUUUGGGGACUUUCCUCAUUGCAUUGCCACACUUCAUUAUCGGACGCUAUAAGUUUGACUCAUCGAUUAGAUCUUCAGUGAACUCAACCAAUGUCUUCUCUCCAUGUCCAGCAAGCUCACCUGGUGGGCUCUCUGCAGGUGGCAACUCCUCUGAGGUGCCUACAGCAGGCUGUGAUCGAGAAUCCAGUCUGUCCAUGUGGAUUUAUGUUUUUCUGGGGAAUGUAUUACGCGGAAUAGGGGAGACUCCCGUUCAGCCUCUUGGAAUCUCAUACAUAGAUGAUCAUGCUUUGGAAGAAAAUGCAGCAUUCUACAUUGGUUGCGUCCAGACGAUAUCGGUCAUUGGUCCCGUGUUUGGUUACUUGCUGGGAGCUUUGUGUGCCAAGAUAUAUGUGGACAUUGGAUUUGUCAACAUGGAGAGCAUUACCAUAGCACCGGGGGACGCGCGCUGGGUGGGGGCCUGGUGGCUGGGGUACCUCAUCGCAGGGCUCAUCACUCUGCUCUCGGCCAUCCCGUUCUGGUUCCUGCCCAAGUCGCUGCCCAUGCCCGUGGGCAAACCGUUGGAAAAGAGCCCCUCCGAGCACACCAACUCCAUCAAGGAGCACAAGUACCAGGCAGACGAACCCGCCAGCUGUCUAGAGAUGGCCAAAGACUUUGUGCCAACAUUAAAGUCUCUUCUUGGAAAUCCUGUGUACUUUUUGUAUCUCUGUGUGACCAUUAUCCAGUUCAACUCCCUCAUUGGCAUGGUCACAUACAAGCCUAAAUACAUAGAACAGCAUUAUGGACAGUCCGCCUCUACUGCCAACUUUUUGAUGGGCAUCAUAAACAUCCCCGCCGUCGCUUUGGGAAUGUUCUCGGGAGGCGUGGUCAUGAAGAAGUUCAAGCUGAGCAUCAUGGGAGCGGCCAAAUUUGCGCUGGGAACGUCUUUGUUGGGCUACUUCCUGUCCCUCUUCUUCCUGGCCAUGGGCUGCGAGAACUCCAAAGUAGCCGGCAUAACCGUCUCAUACCAAGGUGUGGAGGGCCUCUCUUAUCAUGAGAGUGCACUGUAUGUAGAGUGCAACAGUGGCUGCCAGUGCUCGGGGAAGGACUGGGAUCCCGUGUGUGGGGAGAACGGGAUCACGUACAUCUCUCCCUGUCUGGCCGGCUGCCACUCGUCUAGCGGCUCCGGGAAGAGCACAAUGUUUGACCAGUGCAGCUGUGUUACCAUGGGGAAUAUGACAGCUCGAGUGGGCCUCUGUCCAAAUCGGAAUGCCUGUGACCGCAUCUUUCCCUACUUCCUGGCCCUGUCCGUAGUCACCUCCUUCAUCAUCUCACUGGGUGGCACGCCAGGAUACAUGCUCCUCAUCAGGUGCAUCAAGCCACAGCUGAAAUCGUUAGCAUUGGGGUUCCACACACUGGCCACAAGAACCCUGGCUGGCAUCCCGGCACCUAUAUACUUUGGGGCCAUAAUUGACACCACCUGCCUGAAAUGGGGCCAGACGAGCUGUGGGGGGCGAGGAGCGUGCAGGAUCUAUGACACCGCAGCAUACAGGACCGCCUACCUGGGCCUGACACUGGGCCUGCGUGCCGUCUCCUUCCUGCUCUGCAUCUGGGGCUUCGUGGUGCUCCGGCGGCACGUGCGGCGGCAGGAGCGCGGACCGAUGACCAACGGCAACGCAGCCGGUGCGGUAGCGGCCGCCGCCGACGAGCUGGAGGCCCUCAGGAAGGAGGAGACCGCCGGGGCGGCCAGCAGCGACCAGUCCCCACGGAACUCGGACUGCUACCCGGAGCGGGAGACGCGCCUGUGAGUCGCCCAACACCCCCCCCCCCCCGUCUCUCUCCCCCCCCAACUCCCCACAGCACCCUGCUCUGCCCUUUCAGCCUCACACCUUCCCAGAUCACACCGACCGCAGGCCAGCAGAACAGGGAAUCUUGGGCUUCAUCCAACAGAUUUCACACAGCAAAAAAGAAAAACUGCAACCCAUACAGUUGCAUACUCACUUAUAUAUUUGUACUGGAUCCAUGUAGGUGUUGUGAAAGAGGCCAUCCAUUUUUUUUAACAAAGAUGAAAAGAAAACUCAUGAAUGUCCAUGCUGUUUUGAAAAUGUAGCAAUGAAUGUUGAUUUCAGGUUUUUUUUGGUUUGUUUGUUUUUUGGUACUAAAUUUUAUGAACAAUAUAAUAUAUAUUAUAUGUUUUUGUCAAUGGUCAAUUGUAUAAACAAUCUUUUUAUAAUAUACACUAGUAAGAAUUAAGGGUUUUGUCUGUAUUUUUCUAGAAACCAGAACACAAUAUGCUGCCAUUGUGAGUGAAGUUUGGCAGGGGAUCAUACAUUACAAGACUAUGAAUGGAAAUGGGUCAGGUGAAGUUAAGGCCUAACUAUUGUGGGGAUGUGUACGUUGGCCAAGACGUUCAAAAGCUGAUCAACAAACAGUGCUGGGGGGUCUUGUACACAGGCAUCCUCAGAAUAGCCAUGUUGAUCUAAGAUGUCGCGACCACCCUUUCAUGUCUCUCAAUCAGGGCCUGAAUGUGAAACAAUGGGUGAAUGGACGCCUCCGAUCAGUGCUCUCAGCGCUAGGAAAGUUUGUGUGUGUGUGUGUGUGUGUGUGUAGAACGCGCAGUCCUAUCCACCCUUCACUUUGAAAACCACUCCUGGUUUCCUCCGGGCUGUGGUUCCUGCCUGGCUGCCCGUUUGUUUUCAUUCCAGCAGGAGAGACAUUUGUGUGAAGUAGUCAGAGUCAACAAGCAAUCAGUCAUUCAUCUCAGCGAUCAGUAGACAGAGAAAGAGAGAGCGAGCACUUUUUUCCCCAAGGCAGCCACACAGAAAGGACAUUUCGCUGCAAGACUGAUGGUGUCCACACGGGGGCAGUGUUGGGUCACAACAUAUUUCUAAUGAAGCACUACAUUAUGAUCUCAGAGCACGGACUAUGCAUAAUAACAAAUCUUAGUCAGAUCAUUACUUCUUAUACAACUAUAGUACAUAUAUAGUUUCAUCAAAUGCCUAAGAAGUCGACCUCUGCACUGUGCGCUGAUAACAGGUAGGCCUUGACUCUGAACAAAUGUGGAGUAACAAUGUUGAAGAUUUCUUCGCAAUCAUUUGCCAUUGCAGUUUUUUUAAAUGUUUGUAUGAAAUAUAUUGUCUUUUAAGACUGCUGUGCUGCCAUCAGAGAAGUGCUCUAUUCUAUGGACUUUUUUCCUUCCCUGACAAUUGCAGUGAGGUAUAACAGUGUGGACGUGUGCACAAAGAUACUUAUUUGCCUUCAAAGGUGCACAAGUGUAUUAUCAUCUCUGGUGUUCAGUGUGUGUGUGUGUGAGUGUACUAGGAUGUAUGUGUUUGUAUUUGUGUUUGGUCGCACAUGUGCUCAUGUGCCAAAAAGAAAAGAAAAAUCAACAGUCUACUCUCAGGUUGGUCAAUCACUUGUUCCAGAAAAUUACAAAUAAUCAUACUUUUAUAUAUAGCUGUAUAGAGAUUUUUGUUUUUUUUUUCGAUUUUUUUCAUUGUUAAAAAGUUCUUUGGCAUAGCAGAUCUUUGGGAACUGCUGUUGAUAUUUUUCGCCACUUGAAGUUUACCAGUAUGAACCAAGGAUCUUUUGAGUCUUUCUGACUUGUGGAGCAAUUAAAAUGAACGGCAUUUAUUACUUGCUUUAAAAAUUAGAAUGUACAUAGUUUUAUUUGCUCAUUUAUUUUUGUACAAAUUGUACAAUUGUGAACAUCCUGUGAAUGUACAUGAUGCACAAAUAAAGCGUUUAUUAUAUUGA